AUUUUUCAUUUUUGAAGUUCUAUUUCUAAGAUCAGGCAAUUAUGUUGGGAAUAUUUAGCAGUUCGAUCAUGUCGCCGCCGGACGAGCUGGUGGCCGCCGGCUGCCGGACUCCAUCGCCGAAGAUUUCUUCGACGGCGCUGGCGAAGCGGUUCGUGGAUACCAACGCCGCCGCCAUCUCUGUUCAGAUCGGCGACCAUGUUCAUCUCGCCUUCACUCACCACAACGAAUCUCCUCUGCGCCCCAGAUCGUUUGAAGUGAAGGAGGAGAUCUUCUGCUUGUUCGAAGGAGCCCUAGACAAUUUGGGAAGCUUAAGGAACCAAUACGGUCUUCCUAAAUCCACCAAUGAAGGUCUCUUAAUCAUAGAAGCUUACAAAGCUCUCCGUGAUCGAGCUCCAUAUCCGGCCAACCAUGUCGUCAGCCAUCUUAGCGGCAGUUUCGCUUUCGUCCUCUUCGACAAUUCCACCUCCACUCUCUUUGUCGCCUCUGAUCAGUUCGGGAAAGUGCCUUUGUUUUGGGGAAUCACUGCCGAUGGAUACAUUGCGUUCGCCGAUGAUGCAGGUCUCCUCAAAAGCGCUUGUGGAAAAUCCCUCGCUUCGUUUCCUCAAGGCUGUUUCUUCUCCACGGCGGAGGGUGAAUUGAGAUGCUAUGAGAAUCCGAAGAACAAGAUUACUGCUGAGCCUGCUCCUGAGGAAGAGAUCUGGGGUGCGAAAUUCAAGGUGGAGGGGCCAAAGGCUGCAGCGGCCACUGGGUUGGGUUAUCUCAAUUUCCCAAUGGAGAUUUCAUAAAUCAUUUUGGAGGAAGGUGAGGGUUCUUAAUUGUAGUGAAUGAGUCUUCAAUGUACAUACAGCCACCAACUGUUCUGCUUCUGCUUUUGUUUAAUCAAAGUGGUGUCUUCAAUACGAGUCCUCAAAUCAUUAGGAAUCAUGAAAUUUGGUCCCAUUAUUUCAA